CGACGGCCAAUUUGGUGCCCCCCCUCAACCCUCGUCUUCUCGCCCUGUAGCUCUUCUUACCCACGACCUCAAUUCUAUGAUUCCACAACUCCAUUAAGAAUAUCAGCCUGUGUUUAUACUACGGAUUCUGCGAGGAAUAAGCCGACCACUGAGCCAACCAUAGUCGCUGAAUCUAUCCACUAUCUAUUAUAAUCGACUAGAGCGGUAGCUGGUGUUUUGCUUAUCGCGAAUCGGCUGGGUAGAACCACCGAAAAAAAAAGCUAUCCCAGCCUGACGACCCCUAGCCAAUUUGCGAGUCGGUAGUCCCGGCUCUCUGCCCUCCACUAUGGUCUCGAGAAGAAAAAGCGAUGCCACCGCGGCGAGGCGCAGCAACGUUUCCAUGGCUCAAUUCGUCUAUGACGGCCCGGAUACCGAUGCUGACACCUCUUCCACCCCCCUCCGACCCGCCGCCACGCCUGCCGGAGCCCCGAAGCCGGCUCCUUCACUAGAGAUGGAUGCCCACCGUCCUGCCGAAGCGGCGCCGACGUCCGCCGAGAAAGAGAAGGACAAGGAGAAGGACAAGAAGGAUGCGGCCAGGGAGAGCAGCAUCAAAGAUCCUGUUACCAUAGAAGACCUCAAUCUGCCCAAGUCCAUCAUCACGCGCCUCGCCAAGGGCGUGCUACCGCCCAAUACCCAGAUCCAGGCCAACGCCACCCUGGCCAUGAGCAAGGGCGCUACCGUCUUCAUCAGCCAUCUGGCUAACGCGGCGAACGAGCACACGCAGAACUCUAACAAGAAGACUAUCAUGCCCGCCGACGUGUUCGCCGCGCUCGAAGACAUCGAGUUCCCCUUCCUUCGCGAGAGGUUGGAGGCCGAAUUUAAGAAAUUCAACGAGAUCCAAACCAACAAGCGGACCACCUACCGCCGCAAGGUCGCGGCUGCAAAGAAGGCCGAGAAGGUCGGCGGCGCGAGCGGUACCUCUGCGGACCCCAACACCUCGGUGCUGUCGACCGCGAGCAACGCUACCGAGUCGCGAGGCGUAGGCGCCGCGGCGCCGCGGUCCAAGAAGCACAAGCCCAACACGCACGACGGCUCGGCCAUGGAGAUAGACGGCGGCAGCGAGGCCGAGGAGGAAGAAGAGGAGGAAGAGGAAGAAGAGGAGCAAGGCGAGGAGGACGACGAGGAAGAAGAAGAAGAAGAGGAGGAGGAGGAGGAGGGGGAGGAGGAGGAAGGCGAGGAAGACGAUGAAGACGAGGACGAGCAGCACGACCGCCUGGAGAAUCGCGAGCCACGCGACGACCACGACGACGCCCUCGACGACGGUGAUAGUGACUGAUGCGGCAUCGACACGCCCCGUGCGGGCCCGCGCAUAUGCGUGUAACCCUGUUGCCGUCACCCGAACAUGGCGCUUUAUACAUACCUACGUACACAGCAGACGGUCAAACCGCGUUACCCGCUCACGCACCCACCUGCCUGGCAGCUCAAGCCCACGACAAGCCCCGUUCACAUGCAACACGGGAACGACUCUCCUCCCUCGGGUGGGUGUUAGUGACGGAGCUGAGUAGUAGGGAUUAUUUUGGUUCUCUACUGCCUCGGCGCCGGCGCGUGCGCACGCUCCGAGGCUAGUUCCGCAAGAGGAAGCCUGGAGACACACGCUCUGGAAAGGAGAGAGGGAGGAGGGGAGCAAAGGUGCUGACUAUUGGGGGUGGGGGAGGGACACCGGCACGCUGCUGCAUCGCCGUCGCCUCUGGCCUACCCGGAUAACCUCGGUCGGUCGGUCAGCUCGUCCGUCCAUUACGCGUACCGCGCAUCCCCCGUCACAUACGUACUACCACCCUGGGUACCUGAGCAGCUGCAGAUGGAUCGUCUUCGUCGUCGUCUUGUGUACCUACCUAUAUAUCUACCUACCUACCUACCUACUUACCCUCCAUAAACACACGUGCGCACACGUGCCUAACCCCUAUACUCAUCUACGGCUUCCUACC